AUGGUUAUUUGCUUGUGGCUGCUAGUAGUGCUGCUCCUGCAACUAAAUCAAGUCGCGUGCGGAGACAAUGCAUACUCAUUCACUUCUGAAGAGCUUAAGGCUUACAAGCAGGAAGUAAAGGAGUUGUUUUACUUUGGUUUCGACAGCUAUCUAGAGCAUGGAUACCCAUAUGAUGAAGUGAGACCAAUUUCAUGUGUGCCUAAGAAGAGAAACUUUGAAGACCCUGACGAUCGAGUUACUAAUGAUAUUUUGGGCAAUUUCACCAUCACUUUGAUUGAUUCGUUGACCACUAUUGCUAUAUUGCAAGAUCGACCGCUAUUUUUGAAAGCUGUCCAACUCGUUGAAGAGACUUUUCCGGAUGAAGACUUUAAUGUCGAUUGCACCGUACAAGUCUUUGAAACUACUAUACGUGUUAUCGGAUCACUUCUUUCAUCGCAUCUAUAUGCUACGGAUCCCACAAAGGCAGUAUAUUUAGAAGACGAGUAUGACGGAUCUUUAUUACGCUUGGCUCAAAAUAUGGCUGAUAGGCUUUUACCGGCGUAUUUGACAAAAUCUGGACUACCUGUACCACGAAGAAACAUCAAACGAAUGGCCAAUUUACCUGAUAUUUCCGAUUCUUCAGCACUAGAGAAUAAUGUGGCAGCUAUGGCAUCCCCAAUGUUCGAAUUCACCAUUCUUUCUUACCUGACAGGUGAUGCAAAGUAUGAAAAAGUAACUAGGUAUGCAUUUGACAAGACAUGGUCUCUCCGAACCAAUUUAGAUUUACUACCCAUGUCUUUUCAUCCUGAAAAUUUAACUCCAUACACACCCAUGAGUGGCGUUGGCGCCUCAAUCGAUUCAUUUUUUGAAUACGCCUUAAAGGGUGCUGUAUUGUUUGAUGACUCGGAAUUAAUGGACAUUUGGAACAUGGCAUACGAGUCGUUGAAAACUAACUGUAAAAACGAUUGGUUUUUCGCGAAUGUAAUGGCUGAAACAGGACAGUUGUUUGUUCCCUGGAUUGAUUCUUUGAGUGCAUUCUUCCCCGGUUUACAGGUACUGGCCGGUGAUUUAGAUGAUGCUGUAGCGAACCAUCUGAUAUAUUUGAAGAUAUGGAACACAUUCGGUAGUAUCCCUGAAAGGUGGAACUUCAACCCUAUGGAUUCCUCCCCAUUGUUUUCGCCAGACGGAUCGGCACCAUUUUCUUUGAGCACUAUUCUUCCCUUGGAGUGGUACCCGUUAAGACCGGAAUUUUUCGAAUCAACCUAUUUUGUGUAUAGAGCUACAAAGGACCCGUUUUACCUUAAUAUUGGUGUUCACUUGCUGAACGAUUUGAAACAGCGGUUUAAAUCCAACUGCGGGUUUGCAGGUUUCCAAAAUGUCAUCACAGGCGAAAUGCAAGAUAGAAUGGAGACAUUCGUCUUGAGUGAAACAUUAAAAUAUUUGUAUUUAUUAUUCGACGAAGAGAAUGAAUUACAUGAUAGCGCGAGUGAUGUGAUUUUCAGUACGGAGGCCCAUCCAAUGUGGUUGUCACAAGAGGUGAGAUCCAAUUACAAGCGGAACCAUAAAUUCAUGGACUCUCUUUACUUCUCCCAUUUAGAGAACUGCCAGAGAAAAGAUAAGGAACUGCAAGCUGAAGUGAAUACAUUAAGCCAAAGAAUUGUAGGGUUCGCAAAAUCAAUCUUCCAACAAGACCAGCCAGAUAAAGAGGUUGCUGGUGUAAUACCUGAAUAUCAAAUUAAUGCUGAAAUUCCCGGCACAUGUUCAAUGAAGCCUCGUCAUGUAAUUGAUAAUGAGUAUUGGUAUUCUCCCAUGCUGAGCAAUUUUAAUAGACUAUUUGAAAUUGACACACGCUUCGCAGCUACACUGAUCAAACCUUUGCACAUGCAUAACUCUAGUGCAAUUGAGCUGGAACCUCAGUUUUACAACAGGUGGUCGAAUCCACAGUAUAGCAUGUGCCAGAUCAUCCCCACCACAGAAGCUUUCGAACUACUAUUCGAUCUUCCUGGUUUCCAUCAGUCGAUUCCCUCAAUUUUAGACAACGAAGUCAUCACAUUCGAAACAUUUGGAGGUAGAUCAAGGUUGAUUGUCGAAAAAUUGAAAAUCUACCAAACUGAUUAUUAUGGUGAUUUCAUUACUGCAUCGAUUUUCCACAACAUCUCCCGUCAGGAUAUUUGCUCGAAUGCAUGCGACACCACUGCAAGCUUAUAUUCCCCCACGUAUCUUUACAGAGUAGUCGCUGUCAACGGACGUACGGUACCCCGUCAUGGAAAGGUACAAAUCAAGAAACACAACCUCAUGCCUAUUUUGAAUAAUACGAGAGAAGCUACGAUAACAUUGGGUGAUAUGGGCAUCAAUGACCUUUCACAACUCAUGAUAAAAUGCACGCCCAUCAUCAACCUAGUUCUUGUAUGA